UAACAUGUUCUGUAAACAAACAUUUCCUUGGGUGCCAGUUUUCGCAUAACGACAUUAUUUGCGAAGAACCACCGUCUUUGUUACCGGUUGAAUAAUCGAUAAUUCCAUUAACUACUGAAUAACUUACAGCCAGAUCGAAUAAACUUGACUCGACGCCAUGGAGGAUUUGACUGAAGUGCUUCGCGCCGGAGAAACGGUCGUCAAACGUCGAAGACAAAGCCGAAGGCGAAGGGAGAAUACAGCUAAAAUUGAUUCUCGUAACUUUACGAAAGCAAAUUGGUUCUGUAGGAUGAUGUCUAUCCCAGCUAUCCCUGAAAGUCAAACUUCCGCCACUCUACGCGUCUUCACGAUGUGGUCUGCGGUCCUGGCCUACUUUAUCAGUGGUUUACUUGGCGUCGUCUUCCCUGAGCUGCUCUCUGCCUUGUUCUUCAUGAAACUUACUGGCCGUGAUAAAGCGUACUGGAGGAUAAAUUGUGCUUUACUCACUGUUAUAGGUUUUCUCUACAUUGUGAUGGCGAAAUCUCGUCCUCUAAUAACUGGAAACGGUGCAAUUUUGGGAACCGUUCCCGAGAGGUUGCUUUUCGUUGUGGCAGUCUUGGUAUGGCUGUGUUACCAAUCCUUGCUCUCUUUACCCUUUGCAGCGGCAUUUUCGUUACUUGAUUCUGUGCUGGCAAUUGUAACAUACAUCAUUUGGUAUCGUAAUACUCCAGAAGCUUCUCUAAAAAAGUGUCUUGUGGAGAUAGGAAAGUUGAUGAUUCCCAUCCUUGGUCCCGCAAAAAAAUGGUCUUCGAACAUCGUGCAAAUAAUCAGCUAUUUAGAAAUGGUGAUAUCAGUUACCCUUAUAGUAAGGCCCGAUGUAGCGCGUGAUUUGAUGGGCCUGGACGCGUUUCAAGGCUUUUCAAAGGGCAUGGUAUCCGUGUUCUUCAUGCAGAUGGUGGUUAUUGGCUGGCUUCAAGUUUUGGGAGGAGGAGACGGAAACGAGGCCUGUCCGAUAGCAGCGGUGUUUUAUCGCAUAGCAUGGAAAGUACCUGUAGUUUCACUCAUGUACUAUUUCAAUCAUCUUGAACGAGGUUUUGCUCUUGCCGUGGCAGUUGCAGAUUUAGCAAGCGCAUCGGUUAUUUUGAUUUCACUUUGCGUUGAGGUGUUACCUUCCAAAAAGGACAACUGAUGUGAAAUAACUCAAGAGUAAGCGAUG